GCCCCGGGAGCCCGGAGCCGGAUCUACAAGCCCGUCCCUCCCGCUCCGGCGCUUGUUGCUCGCCCGGCCCGAGCGGGAGCUGCCGCCGCCGGGCAGCAAGGCUGAUUCCGUCCCUUCCUUCUCGCGCCCCACCUCCCCGAGAGCAGGCUUAGGACGAGCAGCAGCCCCAGCAGGAGGGAGGGGGUGCGGUGUGGACAGGCAUUGCCCCCCACCUGCAAGUCUUGAGGCGCUACGUAGCCGCGGGGGCAAGACAUGCGUGGCUGCCCUCUUGCCCAGCCUCCCCGCCGCCCGCGCCUGGAGAAGAGGGACUGCGGAGCCUGCACCUGCAAACUCGCCAUAGAAGUCUCAGGGUGAGGCGGGGGGCCCCUCCCAAUUCCCCACGGCCUCCACCUCCCGGCGGGUGGUCUCAGCCCCUGUCCGGGGACCUGUGCCAAUGACCCUAGUGGUGGUUUCGCUUUCUCCCCUCUCGGCGGUGUGAACGUGUGUCCGCAGCGCGAUGGGCAACCAGGUGGAGAAACUGACCCACCUAAGUUAUAAGGAAGUUCCCACGGCCGACCCGACCGGCAUGGACCGGGACGACGGGCCUCGCAUCGGGGUCUCGUAUAUCUUUUCCAAUGACGAUGAGGACAUGGAGCCGCAGCCGCCGCCCCAGGGGCCGGAUGGAGGCGGCGGUGGGUUGCCCGACGGCGGGGACGGGCCGCCGCUGCCCCCGCCGCAGCCCUACGACCCGCGGCUGCACGAGGUGGAGUGCUCCGUGUUCUAUCGCGACGAGUGCAUCUAUCAGAAAAGCUUCGCGCCGGGCUCCGCAGCGCUGAGCACCUACACGCCGGAAAAUCUGCUCAACAAGUGCAGGCCUGGCGACCUGGUGGAGUUCGUGUCGCAGGCGCAGUACCCGCACUGGGCUGUAUACGUGGGCAACUUCCAGGUGGUGCACUUGCACCGGCUGGAGGUGAGCAACAGCUUCCUGACGGACGCGAGCCAGGGCCGGCGCGGCCGCGUGGUGAACGAUCUGUACCGCUACAAGCCGCUGAGCCCCAGCGCCGUGGUGCGCAACGCGCUGGCGCAAGUGGGCGCCAAGGAGCGCGAGCUGAGCUGGCGCAACUCGGAGAGCUUCGCCGCCUGGUGCCGCUACGGCAAGCGCGAGUUCAAGAUCGGCGGCGAGCUGCGCAUUGGCAAGCAGCCCUACCGGCUGCAGAUCCAGCUCUCUGCGCAGCGCAGCCACACGCUGGAGUUCCAGAGCCUGGAGGACCUGAUCAUGGAGAAGCGGCGCAACGACCAGAUAGGGCGCGCAGCGGUGCUGCAGGAGCUCGCCAUGCACCUACACCCGGCCGAGCCAGACGAGGGCGACUGCGACGCCGCGCGGACUACGCCGCCUCCCGGGCGCCCCCCUGCGCCCGGCCGGGAGGAGGAGGACCGAGAGGCAGUGGUGCACUGAUGGACGAGCUGUGCACAGCUGUGAAAAGGAGCUGUUUGGAGCAGCCGCUGCCCCCUGCCUCCUCUCACUCCCUCCUCUACCGCUUUCUGGGCCCCAUCUGGGCUCCUGGGCCAUUUGGAAAACCUAGAGUUGGCGAAAUGCGCAGCCAGCUGUGGCUUGAGCUUGCUAUCUUGGACGGAGGAGGAAGAGGGAGCAGGUAGGAACACCUUGGCUGGGGGCACUUCCUUCCCGCCUCCUCAAUUUGUCUUCCUUUCCGAAGUGGGGGCAGACUGUGAACUUGCCUGACACUUAAUCCUUGCUGGACCUGGGUCCAAAAUCGACCCUUCUUAAGCACGCAGAGCUGGAGAAAAGUUCGGAGUAUCAACGCCUGCCAUUGCCUCCUCCUGGCUUCUCCUCCUACCCUGGGCUUGGAGGAUGUCCUGUAGGAAGGCCAGAUUGGGUUUGUGUGGGUGCCAGGCCAGCGUAGAGAGCCUCUUAUCUGCUACCCCCGCGGAGCUGUGUGUGGAAUCCAGGAGGCUAGGGUGAUUUGUUUUAUGAGAUUCCUGGGGUGCAAGGCUGGCGAAACCAGGACCAGGUUUAGGA